UGGAAUGAAAUUACAAAGUACUUCAGAGCGGGCAUGCCCUUAAGGAAACACAGGCAGCACUUCAAAAAGCAUGGAAGCUGUUUCACUGCAUCAGAGGCUGUAGACUGGCUCCACGAAGUAUUAAGGAAUAACAGUAACUUUGGUCCUGAAGUGACGAGGCAGCAGACUCUUCAGUUACUCAGGAAGUUUCUCAAGAAUCAUGUGAUUGAAGAUAUAAAAGGGAGAUGGGGAUCUGAACAUUUAGAAGACAACGGUGUCCUGUACAGAUUUCCUUCAACGUCUCCAGUUAAACCUCUACCAAACUCUUGUCCCUCAAAAGAGAACUUGGAAAACUUCUCUAGAGACAAAGAAAGACUUUUCAAACUGCCACAUUUAUCCAGGAGAGCUUUUAAAAAACAUGAGUUACUACAAUCUCUGGAAAAUGUAGGAAAACCAAACCCAGGUCUAGUUGAGGAAGAUGAGGAAGAUGCACUGCAUAGGAGGGAAAUAAGCCAGGAAUAUGUGCAGGAAACUUGGAGAAACAUCAUUCUGAUGCAUUUACAAACCAUUUUAGGCCUCCCCUCUUUGGCAGAAGUUCUGCAGCCUUCACAGAUAGUUCCUGAGUAUGUCAUGUACAACAUGACCAACACGAGCAGACACGGCGUUGUGGUUUUGCAGAACAAAUCAGAAGACCUCCCUCACUGGGUGUUGUCAGCUAUGAAAUGCCUUGCAUACUGGCCUAGAAAUAAUGACCUGAGCCAACCAACCUACAGUGGGUUUGAACGGGACGUGUUCAGAACAGUUGCUGAUUAUUUCCUCAGCCUCCCUGAGCCAUUGCUUACUUUUGAAUACUAUGAGCUUUUUGUUAAUAUUUUAGUUCUAUGUGGCUACGUCACAAUUCCAGAUAUAUGCAGUGGAAAACGUUCUGUCCGAGAUCAGAAAUGUGACCCACAACCUUCAAAAAUGCUUCCCUUGAACUCUUUCAAGUCAACAGAGUGUCUUCUUCUAAGCCUGCUUCGUAGAGAGCCUGCCAAAACCAAGAAAGAACAGGAAGCUUCUAGAAACUCUUCUCCAGAAGAGCUGACUAGCCAAAAACGACGUGCAGAGAAACUGCAGCGGUCUCAGCUGCUGUGUAAACAAAGUAGUGCUGGUAAUCUAAUAGGAGGAAGUUGUCAGAAUAUUCCAGGUUUUGGGAAUGAACAAGACCCACCUCGAACCUUUAGGACAAGAUGUUGCUCUUUGGAAGGACUUGGAGGUGCUGCUUCAGUUGGGUGUAAUAAAGGAGGAGCUGAUUCCUUCAGGGAAAGCCACGUGAAGAUCAGCCUGGGCAGAAGAAGUGGCAAACAGUCACUGCCCCAGGAGCAUAACACCAGUUCCAAACUGGAGCAGGAGCAUAACACCAGUUCCAAACUGGAGCCUGGGUUGGGUGACCUGUGCCAAAACCAAACCCAUGCUCUCAGGAGGGGCUCUGCCUCAACUCUGCAGGAUGAGGAGCUACUGGUUGAAAGUCACAGAGGGAAGCAAACAGGCAGGUCUCUGAGUUUCCUCAGCCAGAGGAACUCCAGAAGUUGCUCCAGCAUCCAUAUACCAGUGGCUGAAAUCACAGUGAAGCCAACGUGUCAUCUUGGUGGGCAAGGGAAACCAAGUACCUCUGGCACGGCCCCUCCAGUGGACUACAUCAGGCCCGAGGCUUCUGAUAUCAUCAUGAAAAGGAGACUCUGCAGAAGCACCACAGAACUCUCAGAGCACUCUUGCCCUCGCCCUUCUUGUGUGUUGACUGGCACGCCAAGCAUGAUGGGCCGGAUCAGCGGCAACGGGGACAUGCCCCGGCUGCACCACGCCCUGGGCACCCGCCCCCUGAUGAUCCAGACCUUCUCCCGCUGUGUCCUGUGCUGUGCAGAAGAAGUAGAUCUGGAUGAGCUGCUUUCCACACGACUGGUUUCAUUUCUGAUGGACCAUCAGCAAGAAAUAUUUAAGGUCCCAACUUACCUCCAGGUCGCAGUGCGAGAGCACAUUGAAUACAUGAAGGUGGCUCAGUGCAAAUGCCCCAGGGAAGAGAUGUGUGCCAUACUGCCAACCUAUUCAUACUGCAGACAGAUAACCCCCCAGGAGUUUGAAGAACAAAAGGUUUCUACCUCUCAGGCUGCAGUGGCUGAGCUCUUGGAGAACAUUAUCAAAGAUAAAAACCUUUCUGUGAAAGACAAAAAGAAGAAGUUAAAGCAG